GAUAAUGUGUUUCCCUGUUAUCGCUUUCGUACAACUAGACAAAGUGCACGUAGGUAGCCCAGAGCGUGCAGUUUGAGCGGAAGCACGGAGGUAUAGGCCGCGAUCUGCGAUCGAACCUCGUCGCUCACGCGUCGACCAACCGCGAGAAUCCCAGCUUCGACAUUCACUAUCACAAUCAUGGCCGACUCAUUUGCCAACACGCCGCUCCAGGCCACCAUGGACCAGGACCACGUGCCAAAUGUUCCAUCACCUCUCAAUCCUGCCAGCUCGCGCGCCCCAUCCAGGACCCCAGCACCCAAUGCGACGCCGAUCCAACGAGAACAACGAGAGAAGAAAGAGUCGCUGAAGAAGCGUGAGAAUGCACUCAAUGGCGGGACUCCUUCGUCGGCAUCCAAGCGAAAAGCCAGUGUGGCACACUCCUAUCCUUCACCCCAGCGAUUUAUGAUCCCACCACCACGGGUGCAGGACUUCGAAAAGCCCAAGGACGAUGUGAUGAUCCAGCACGAGCCUGCACCUCUUAUGACACCCGGAAACGAGCGACAAUUAUACAAGCCGAUUGAUCUAGCGGAGAACAAGCGCGGCUAUCGAUACUCUCGCGCCAUUGCGGAUCCUCUGUUUCCUCACAAGCAGUUCUACCGAUCGACUUCCCCUCCGCCGCAUUAUGCACGAUUGAGCUUUGAAGAUGCCGACAAGUGGAUGCAUUUCACGACGAAUGCGUUGAUAACGACAAACGAGAAGGGCUGGCGGAUGGUGCGCUCCAAUGUUUGUGCAAGAGAAGGAACAUUGUACUACGAGCUCAAGAUACAUCGUGGAGUCCCGGUAGACGGACCAGAUCCAGCUGCCAAUGGACCGCAACCUCAUGUGCGGUUCGGCUGGGCAAGACGAGAGGCACCUCUUGACGCACCUGUUGGUUUCGAUGGCUACAGCUAUGGCCUCACCGACAUUCGGUUCGAGACAAUGCACCGCAGCAGACCGGGCAAAUUCUUCCACCCAAAGAAGACCAAGACCAAGACUGCCAAAGCCGCGCUCGCCGCUCCGACACCUGUUACACUGGCGCCAGAAGACCAACACGUCAAGGAAGGCGACGUGAUCGGCGUCGAAAUCCAACUUCCCGCGCUCUCUCUGCAACAAAAAAUCGUCAGUGGAGUCUACAACCCCGCCGUGGACUCAGGAGACGGCUUCGACCAGUCCGCUGCAGCGUCUCUCGAUGAAGAACCUAUGGACGUCAUCCGCGACCGUAUUCCCGUGCCCUACAAAGCGAACAGCUAUUUCGAAGUGCUGGACCACGUCGCCUCCAAACCAAUGGAAGUCUACGCCGAUCGUACCACGAAUCUCAGCUCCCUGCCCACCCAGCAAACCGGCGCGAAUGCAAAAGACGCGAUCAAAGCCCCGCCGAACCCGAAUCACGAGCACGCUUCCCUGCGAACGUUACCGCACAGUGCUGUCAGGGUGUAUAAGAAUGGAAAACUAAUCGGCACGGCGUUUGAGAACUUGCUUGCGUUCCUCCCGCCCGCCAGCGCACCGAGCAAGACCAUGGGCGCGAGGGAAGGGUUCGACGAUGGUUUGACAGGCUACUUCCCUGCGGUCUCCUGUUUCUUCGGAGGAAUCGCAGAAGUCAACUUUGGCGACGGUAGGGACGGAUUCUGGUGUCCGCCGUCUCAUCUCAAGUCUGGGCAGAAGAAAGGCUGGAAUCCUGGAAGACAGGCGAGAGGGAUUGGAGAGAGGUAUAAGGAGCAGAUUGCGGAGGACAUUGUGUGGGACCUUGUGGAUGAGGUGGACUUUUUCAUGCAGGAUGGAGGGUUCGAGGGCACGGUCGGGAGUGGAGUCGCGGGUGCGGCUGUGGUGAGUGGGAAGAGCAGUCGAUUGAAGGAGGAAGAGGGACUAUGA